UGUACAUGUCGGUAACGCUAGUUUAAAGAUGUUGCCAAAGUUAGCUUAGUAAUCGAUCUCCUGUAUCCCUUGUUGGAUCUGAUUACCUUUCUCAGUGCUUUCUUCUAGCUCUUGAGGUAUUCUUGUGAAACGAGUUGUUUCAGAUUUGAUAUAACAAGACAUAUGUUACUAAUUAACAAAUAUCCUUAGCCAUGGGGCGCCUGUUUAGAAGGAAGCAUUUCAUGUAACAGUUCUGACAGUGAUGUGCUUGUUGGGAUGUCCAGCUGCUGUUCUGGUCUGAUUAGUUGAUUAUGACUGUCAGUCAUUACAGAUCCAUCCUUUAACACCUCACUUCCUGCACCCACCACUUCUGCUGGAGAAUAUAGCCAGAAUGGAUGAGACUGAAGCACCAAAGGUUCUUCUAGAGGACUCUCUUACUGUUUCUGUCUCUGAUGGCAUCAGCAUUGAGGACUUCUCGACCCUGCGGGAGGACCUGGAGACUGAUGCUCGAGACUUUGAGGCUCCAACUUGGAGUUUGGCUGUUGAUCAGCAGUACAUAAAAGCUUAUUCCAAAGAGGCCAUUAAGAGACAAGAUGUCAUAUAUGAGCUGAUCCAGACAGAGAUUAACCAUGUGCGCACACUGAAGGUGAUGUUGCGGGUGUAUGUGCAUGAGCUGCGCCACACCCUGCAGAUGGAUGACGCCCAGCUCGGAAGGUUCCUUCCUUGCCUGGACCAGCUGCUGUACAACCACCAGCACUUCCUGGAUCGGCUAAAGCAACGUCGCAAGGAGAGUCUGGAACCAGGCAGUGAGAGGAACUACUACAUGGAGAGAAUAGGAGACAUCCUCUUGGCUCAGUUUUCAGACGAGCUGCGGAGUAGACUGCGUGACAGCUAUGGUAUGUUCUGCAGUAGCCACACAGAGGCUGUGAACUUCUACAAAGACCAGUUACAGAACAGCAAGAAGUUCCAGCAUUUAAUGCGAAAAAUAGGUCAGUUGGCUGUAGUGAGAAGGUUGGGUGUGCCGGAAGGUAUUCUACUUAUAACCCAGCGCAUCACCAAAUACCCUGUUCUGGUGGAGAGAAUUAUUAAAAAUACUGAAGUUGGUUCAGAGGAGCACAGAAACCUAAUAUGUGCUCUAGAGCAUAUUAAAGACACCAUAUCACAGGUGGACUACCAGGUGCACCAGUACGAGCAACUCAGAGAAAUGAGUACCCGUCUGGAGCCCAAGUCCCAGGGCAGGAUGAGCAAUGGGCAGUCAUUCCGCAGGGAUGACCUGUUCCAGCCUGGCAGGAAACUCCUCCGUGAGGGAUUACUCAGCUGGAAGGCCCAGUCCAGGACCAAAGAUGUCCUUGUGGUGCUGCUGUCAGAUUUGCUUCUGCUGCUACAGAAGAAUGACCAGAAGUUUACGUUUGCUUCUCUGGACGGAAAGCCUGCAGUGCUCUCCCUACACAAACUGCUUGUGCGUGAAGCAGCUCAUAACGAGAGGGCGAUGUAUGUAUUAACUUCUGAUCAUGCGGCCAACCUGUACGAGCUCCAUGCUUCCACCAGAGAGGAGUGUCAUAGCUGGAGACAGGAGAUUUGGCAGGCAAUUGAGAAAUGUGCACAUGCAUCUGAGGAUAAUGGUUCUCAGCCAGUGGAACAGGAUGAUGUUUUCACAGAGAAGUUUUUCAACUUCCAGGAGCAGCUGCAUAGUAGUGAUGCUCAGAUUGCAGAACUCCUGCAAAGGAAGCUGCAGCUGUUCAGUGAAAUCGUGGAGACACUGACAGGAAGUGCAGCUCUUCCAAGACGCUUGCUCCUGUGUGAGUUCCAGCAGGGGGAGCAACUGAUCAACAGCGCCAUCACAGAUGUGGAGGAUUUACAGCUACAGUUGCUGGAUUGUGAGAGGAAUCCUGCUCCUUUAUCUCCAGACUGUGUGGAUGUGCCACUUCCACCCAGAAGAUCAAGCACUUCCACUGGGUAUGACAACCCCAUCAGAGUUUUCUCUAAAAGUGGCCGUGGCUUACAGAACAAGAGACCCAGCUCUGAUCCCCAGCUCAGGGACCUGUACCUUGACAACCUGGAGCUCUCUGCUGAUGAGAUGACCCCCACCUGGCUCUUUGCCCAUCUCGCCAAAGCUCAGCUCUUCGAUAAAGUCGCCAUACUCUCCCAGAAGCUGUACAGUAUCAAGGCUCUGGCUGUAAAGCAGGACAGUGAAGUUGAGCUUCUGCGCGCAGCAGUAUCUGAACGGCCAGUGAGGCAGCGGGUCAAUGCCAUCAUGGAGCAGGAGAAACUGCGCCACCUAGAUAAGCAGCGGGAAGAGCUGACCCAAAUGCAGGGGCUGAUCAGCCAGAAGAGGCAGGAGCUGGUGCUAUGGGAGGAGAAGCACCAGCUCUGGAAGCUGGAGAUGAUGGCCAAGGAGCAGGAGCUAACGCAGCGACAGGAAAAGUGUAUGCAUGAUGAGACUGAGCUAUCUGCCAAGCGGGAACAGCUGUCCCGCAACUAUGAGGAGUACCAGCAGAAACUGGAGCGUUUGCGAGACUCUGCCCGUGCUGUGGAGAAGGACAAGGAGAAAGUAGACCAGCAGCUGAAGAAGUACAAGAAACAUAACACCAUCUCUAACCCAGGCUCUGUCCAUUUUGAACCCACUCAGGGCUUGCCAUACCACUCAGCUGGCAGUGUCAUCCUCAGCCCCAAAGCACACGUGCGGCCCAGCUUGUCCCAGGCAGCUGCCAGCUUCCAGGAGCAACCUCCCCUGGUCCCUCCUCGCAUAGAGAGCAUAGGUCUCUCACCCACCAAAACGGAUGUCCCCAUUCAGCUGGUGAGCACCACCAACCAGACGAUGAAGUCCAGCUUUGUGCAGCAGCAGAUCCCCACCAAACUGGCUGUCCACAAGGGCAAAGAGAAGAGUGGCAAGAGCAAGGGCUCCCACAAUCGCACCAACAACGCAGCAUCUAUUGAGGUGUGUGAUGUUGUGCCAAUCAAAGCAAUGGGUAAAGAGAGAGACGGCUCCAGGGCAAAGAGUGCCACUAAGCCCCAGCUACUCAGCCAAGAUAUAUAUAAUCUACCAGACCAGCUCAUACAGUCAGAAAGUUCAGGCCAGCCCUGUAAACCCAGCCAUGGCUCAACAUCUACCCUUCCAGUCCAUCAUAAAGUGAAAAACCACCACUCCUCAAAAGAGGAGGUCAUCUACUUUUGACUCUGUACUCAACACAGCUGCUUUUCAACAUGUGUAGCCUACACUAUAAGCAAAAAUAUGAAACUGAUAAGUUUUUCUUUAAAAAAAAAAAAAAAAAAGUUUUUAGUCAGGUUUUAAUUGUCUCUAAAAUGAAUGAACUUUUAGCAACUGAUAUACAGUCUCUGUAGCACUUUGAGUAACUGAGUUCACUAGGUAAAAUCCACUUUUAUUUUCCCUGAGAAAUUAUUUUGAUGUUGAUGGCCUGGUAGAAUAUACCUGUAUAGAACAGUUCUAUACAGGUAUAUUGGGUCUAGAUAGAAUAUACCUGUAUAGAACAGGAGAAGUAUAUCAAAGCCUUAUACCAAAACAAUGCUGUUAUUUUUUCAGUUAACAAUUUCUUCUAAUUAACCUACCCUUUCUGUAAAUAUCUGUAUAAUUUGUGAAUUAUAGACCUUUUUAUAGUAGGGGAAAUUUAAAUGAAUGCCAACUGACUGAGAAGGUUUAUAAUUGUAGAACUACCUUUUUUUUUCUGGUUUUAAAAAAACAUUCCUAACUAAUUAGGCACUUCUAAAUCCAGAAGAUAAUGCCUUGUGAGGACUAUGGACUAAUUUAGACCAUUGAUCUAACUGAAGUUGGAUAAAUGGUUUGAUAUUACUGUAUGAAAAAAACUUGAUUAGAAACCAUGAAUGAUGAGAGAUUUUUGUGGUCUCCAAAUAAAAUGGAGUGAGCUUUACAUUUCACUCUUAAGAGUAAUCUUAAGUAUGUUUUAGAUAUCUCAUGAAGAUAUCUCCACAGCAAACAUUUAGCAUCAUUUUAAUAUCAGAUCUACAUAAGAUUUGUGUGGUUUAAAUCGUUUGCUUUUGUCUGUGUUCUGUCAGAGGCAUAAGCUUAUAAACUCAGUAACUGAAAGUGAGAGCUUUGCCUUGGCCUUGAGUCAUGUUGAAAUACUAUGGUUUUCAGCACAAUGCUGAUGUUACUUCUGUGUGUUAUGAACUCCAUCAAGCUAGACUCUGCUCAAAAUUGUAUUAAAAGCCUUCAGCCUUGUGCCUUGGAAUAACCUGGAGCUGAGUCAGCCCACUCCACAUCCCACUUGUACAGUGAGUUUCGAUGUGCAUCAUAUCUGGAUUCAGCAAAAGGAAAGGUACUGAAGUUCAAUGGGGGUGAGGGAGUGUGCAGCCUCCUGCGCUGCAUCCUCUUUUAAAGGUGAGGUGAUAAAGCUCAUGUGUAUAUGUCUAUUUCUCUCAGGUGGGUUUGUGCAUUUAGUCUAAACUAUCCUGCACCUGCACAAAUGCAUGUAGGCAUCCUCCCUUCACCCAUAACAUGCAGAGCUGGAUUUGGUUACACAAGAUGGUUAGUUAUAUGGUGAUUUAUUUAGAUCAGUGCUGGAUUGUAAUUAUCUUCCCCUAAUGAGACAGGAGUUGAGUGUUAUAAAGCCUCACUUCUCGCACUGUUCUCAGUUCAUUCAGACAAGCUUACUUGCUCCCAUCUCCUCUUACACACUCUCCUCUUGGGCCACAUUCAUUAUUCCUUAGCUUUUUCAAACAGCUCUCUACAAGUGCCAUCCAUGUUCAUUGUAGCAUAUACCACAGAUCAUGUCACAUCUGUAGUACACACCACAAACCACCACACCAUUUGAUUAAUGUACUUCUACUGAAUGAAAAUUAAUUUUAAAAAAUGGCCUUAAAGGUAUUGUUCCUUUAUUGUGCGCAUUCUUUAAACAAGUCUACAGGGCUUUCAUAUAGGUUACCUAUAUUGUGUGCCAGUAAUAAUGCAAACAAUUCUACACUCACUGCCUAAAAAUACAAAACAAAAAUAGAUGAGACGAAAAACUGAAUGAAGAUAAAUAAUAAUCAGAAUGACCUGAUCACACCCAUUCAUAUACCAGCAACCCAGUAAGACAAUGAGUUUAUCUAAAAAAAUUAAAUGGGUAAUUUAAAAAAAGUGUUGCAUACUAAGAGUUCUUGUCUAUAAACCAUAAAAUAGUAAACAGGUCUAAUACCUGGCCAUUGCACAAAAUUUUUAAAAAGUACCUACUACAAAUUAUCUACAUUACCUAAAAUAUAAACAAUAAAUUAUCACUAGUGUCAAAAGCAUACAUACUGUAGUUUUGUUAUGAGAUCACUGGAUAUCAGACAUCUUGAAAAUCAAGCUCAACAGUUUAAGGCGUGAAUUUUACAUACUGUACUUGCUUUCCGCUAAGCUGUAUACAAUCCAACACAAGGCCAAAACCCAAGCACAAUAAGGCAGAUUCUGAACCAUGGGGCCUUUAAUUUAGUAUCAUUACUUCUGUUACAUAUGAAGUGUAUACCAACCCAUAAUCCAUACGCAUCACGCAAACCUCAAGCGUUCAGAGGUACAGAAAAGAGUAAUGCAUCAAUAGCUUUAUACUUUUGGUUCUCUCAGUCCUGCAUAGCACCAUAUUUUUAAAGGGUAAGGGACAUCAGUGCACGAGUCUAGACAGGACCAAGCCUGACUGUUGUUCGUGAAGAGUCUUGUUGAGCUGUGCUGGAUUCCUGACAUUUGUUGGAGAAUGUCUAGCUGCACUUUUUUCCACACAUCACGGUUUUAAAGAUCAUUGCUAAAGUCCCCAAAAAUAAUGUUGCUGAUAUCCUUGUAGAAGCUGCUGAGCCAACCUUCAUCUGUCCACUAUGAUGGUGUGCUACAAGGAUCUUGACUUGCUGUUUUUUUAAACCAGACUAUUCUGUGAUUGCAGAGAUUAAAAACAAGUGCAUCUGAGUUCUCAUUCUCUUGCCAUCAGUCACAUGCACCGAGAUGAAUACUAGUCCAUCAUGUAAAAUGUCAGAUUUGUAACUGACUUUAAAAAAUU